AUGGGCGAAGCUACCCCACCAUCUGCCCCUCAUUCGUAUCCAGAACCUCAGGCGAUCUCCCCGCAGAUCACGCUUCAGGCACCGCUUUCACGACGCGGGAAAGGACCGGGCCUUGUUUUGGUGCUGGAUACGUCUGCGCUGAUUGAUAAGAGCGAGAAACAUCUCGACCCGCCGCCGCUGCAGAAAUGGGCUGAAGAAGGGUUUGCGGUCGUGCAGUUGGUGGUACCUGGGAAGGUUGAAGACGGCGGAGAAUUUCCAUUGAAGAAAGCACUAGAGAUCCUGAAGGGUUGCGAGGCUUGCGAGUUUGACAAGGGCGUGGGACUAAUCUCUUACUUGUAUCGCAUUCCAUUUUAUCUCGAACAAGCAACAUACAUUGCGCCCGAGAUCAAAGCACUAAUAUCCUACGGUGGCAAGACAUUCUCAACUCUCAACGAAACAGCAUCAUCAUCCAUACCACCACAACUGAUUCAUGUCUCUGGUCCCAAUGUACCUCGACGAAAGUCAGUCUCCCUCACGCCUGAGUCGCAAAAGAGCAAACAGUUUGAGGGUGUGGUCAAGACAUACCGCUACGAUGAUGCAAAAGAAGACUCCGGCUGGGUGUUACCAGCCGACGAGAACUACCACAAAAGAAGCGCAGGUAUUGCGCAUACGAGAAGUCUUGGCUUCUUGAAGAAAGCGCUAGACGGACCGUGGUUCGAUCUCGAAGCUGUAUGGGAAGAGCACACACUCUACGAAUUCGGCGAGCGAGACGUAGACAAGACAAUGGCAACAAUGGUCGACCAGCCAUACGUCAACCACAUCCCAACCAUGACCGGCGGCAUAGGCAAAGAGCGCCUAACCUCCUUCUACACCCACCACUUCGUUUUCUCCAACCCCCCAGACACCUCCCUCUCCCUCGUCUCCCGCACCGUCGGCAUCGACCGCGUCAUCGACGAGUUCAUCUUCAGCCUCACGCAUACAAGCGAAGUACCCUGGCUAAUCCCCGGUAUCCCACCUACGGGCAAGAAACUCGACAUCCCGUUUACCAGCAUCGUUGCGCUGCGCGGCGAUCGCUUGUGCCAUGAGCAUAUCUCCUGGGACCAGGCUACUGUGCUCAAGCAGCUGGGCUUGUUGCCCGAGUACGUCGGAUUUCCGUAUGCGAUUGACGGGGAGGAGGCGCCGGAGGGGAAAAGGUAUGAGGUUGCACUGCCGGUGGUGGGGAGUGAGGGGAGUAGGAAGUUGGUGGAUGAAGGGAGUGAGGAGAGUAAUGCGUUGAUGGGUAGGAAGUGGAGGGUUGUUGAUGAGAAAUGA